AUGGCCUCUGUCCUCUCCCAGGCGGCCUCCCGACCUGUCCAGAAUCCACGAGCUGGCCGGCCAGCUCUGGCGUCGUCACAAAUGACGGCGACGGCAACAAGGAGGCCCACCUAUCGGAAGGAUGGCGUUUCCGAGACAGCUGCCACCGAGUAUGCUAGUGCAGCCGAGCAACGCUCCUCUGGUACCAACUUUCCAGCUCCCCGCCUCCAGCACGCCAGGAAUCCUACCUCAAACCACCCACGCAGUGUUGUUGUCGGAUCGCCUGCGGCUGGACUGUGCAUUAUAUCACCGUCGCAUUUCGCCGAAAGCGACAAUACGGGGCGGGAUUACGCUCACAUUAAUGACGAGGGUCCAGCCUCGUUUUCAGACCCAGGCCACUUUGCAAUCCCCACAGCAUCGCUGCAUAGAACGCAUGUGGAUCCCCCGGUGUUGCAGACAUCGUGCAUUCAACCUCUGAAGGAGACUGACGCUCAGAGGCAGUCUAGAUACAACGAUCUUGCGGAUGCACUGACUCGAGACCCACCCCCAGUCCUCGGUAUGCCCCCACCUCUUCCACCCAAGUCAGAACUUCGCCACAUGCCCAAGUCAAAGUCUGUAUCUAUUGUCACUCCCUCAGACGCAUCGUACGACUAUCAAUGCCGUGCAGAUCACGCAAAUGAACGGCCCGCUUUCGACAAUACUGUCUCCGAGCCUGGCCACUUGUUCAUAUCUCAUUCGGACCGCACGCCGCAAAGACAGCCUUUCAAGACCCAGUCGUUAUCCGGCCAUACCCUCACAUCCUACGACCAUCCCUCCCGACUCUCGUGGGCAGAUAAAGCCAGUGUUCCCAUCUACCGCAAUUCGUUCCCUAUGGACAAUUUGCAAUCGUCGUCUCUUUCAGCCGUCUCAUCACCCAACCCAUCACAUUUCAGCAGGAGGAAGCUGAAGAAGGCUAUGCCUCGUGCUAGCAUGACUACAUCGUCUCCUGACACCAGUCCUUCCAACUUGACUUCUGGCUUGGGUUAUAGCAUAUGGCGCGCUCUCAGCUUGCGAACCACCAGCCUUACAGGGGAGUCUCCACAUCCACAUCGUCGUACUAGCAGCAGCAGUUUCUUGCGUUCCUUCUGCAGCGCUAACGUGGAGGAGCCCAAAGUGAGGUGCACAGCAAAAACGAGCCGGCCGCCGGUGCGCUCGCAUGGGAGUAGCAAUGGAAGCGCUACCUCGCAUUCCAGUUCGACUUCCAAUUCUGCCUGCCUGUCGUCUCUAUCGUCGUCUUCACAUUCCACACCAGCCACAACUCCCGAUCAUGCCUCUCCAAUCUUGUCACCUGCUAAAGGUUUCCUGAAAGGAAAUCCUUCCGAGCUUUCGGAGCAGGAAUCAGGACCUCCGAGUGCGCAGCAUCCUAGUGGUACACGCACCGGCGUUACGGCACGCAAGCUCAAAAAGAGGCGUCCUUCCAUGACUGCGCAGUGCGCAUCCGUUACCCCAGCCAGCUCUGGUCCUUCGGCAUGGAGAAAGUCCAAGGUUCAUGUGGAGCCUCCUGGCCCUAAGCGACGGGAUUUUCUCCCGCCUAUGGAUCCUGUGGCACCCUUCUCAUUGGACAUCCCGCGAGAGCUCGGGCAGCCACCACAUUCGAUCUUCUCAUCAAGUCUUCUAUCUGAGCGCAAAAAACCUACUUCCACGAAUGCACUCGCACAACUUGCGUGGACUGGGAUGUCAUCUUCUGAGCUUGCUGCUCUCACGUCGCGUCUUAACAUCCAAAAGCAUUCCCCCGAGCGUGCAGCUCAGCUGGCUGAACAGGACUUGGAAAUCGACCCAGGUGCUUUCGAUCCAUACGGCGAAAGCUUGUAUGCAAGUGGUGGGAAUCCGAAUUCAACGCAUAUAAACACCGUGGGAGAUGUCGUCGAUGGUCACAAGGAAGAUUUGAAUGGGAACAGCAGCCUUCUUGGGCAUGCGAUGAGCACCACAUUGUCGACUAUGCGAAGAAGGGUGGCGCCGGCGCGCGAGAGCAAUGUCACGUCUAAUGUUACGUCUAUCCCUACGCAAGUAUCCGUUAAUUCGGCGAAAAUUGUCGUACUACCGGAGUCGCGACAUCCUAGUUCACCUCUGCCUCGCGCUCAGCAGCGCGCUCCACGCGAUGCGAGUUCUAUGCACAAUGAUCCAAUGGCCAUGCGCCGGUGGACCCUCGCAAUGGCCGAUGUUCCCGACGAGAUACUUGUUCAAGAGCUGGACAAGCUGCGAAAUGAACGGCUCAACCGUAGGGGACGCUCAAGUAAAAGCCAAACUCCAGCAGGAAGUCAGAAUGGUCAUGGCAGCGAGUGUGGAGGCAGAGACAGAGCACGGUCUAUGAUUGUAGGCGGCAUGCCCCAUGCUAGUCCGGAGAGUAUGACAAGUCCACAAUUCCAUUUCGGCGACAUCAGUGACUCGGAGAGUGAGGAUGGUGACGAUGGCUCGGUAGAAGGGCUCGAUGACCUCGAAGACGAGGAGGAGUGGAAGGCAGCGCGACGGGCCUUGCUUUGCUGUCGUGAACUUGUCAGGACCGAGCGCAGUUAUCAGGCUCGGCUUAGGCAAUUGCUCAACGCACGGUCAUCCCAUCCUCUGUUCUCUCUGCUCCUGUCGUAUGUGCCUGCGCUGAUACAAGCAUCGGAGGCCUUCUUGGUGCGUCUAGUAGAUGAUCCAUCCGCCUGGGGUGUGAGCGCGGCUUUCAUUGGAUGUGAGGAGGAACUUGAGGUCGCCUUCGUUGCCUGGUGUGGUAUCGUUGGCGAGUUCUUUGCCGAUGGCGGGGAGAAGGAGAGGCGUGGACGAAAGCUUAUCCGAAAAUCUCAUGACGAGAUGGCGAGUGCCCUUGGCCAUGGAGAGAGCAGUCGUAUGCGUGCUGGGUCUAGCACAACAUCGGCGGCUAUGGGGAGGAGCAUGAGCUCAGGCGAAAUAGCCCUGGAAAACGCGCGGGUACUAGGUACUCGCAGGCUAUCUGUCGGCGUUGGACACAAUGCUCCCAACAGCGGGAUAUUUACAGCUGCUCUCGGGGCUGGGCUCGCCUAUGGUUUGUCUUCUGCGUCCCCAUCGUUGGUCUUUGACAAGCAUGGAAGUGUCGCGAGCGUCAGUAAGGAAACUGGGCACGGCGCAACUGCUACGCUCUCGCGGACGCUGAGCGCGUGGAAGCGAAAGAGCAUGCCGUCGUCCCUGUCGAACCUCACUGCCUCAAAUGGGUUCCCUUCUUCACCCACAUCAUCAUCGUUCCAUGGCGAGGAGAAGAAGCUCCUCGUGCGCGAUUUAGCUAUUCAACCUACCCAGCGGAUCAUGAGAUAUGUCCUGCAGUACAAAGAACUCCUAUCGCAAACUCCUACAACAAGUCCAUCCAGAGGUUUGGUGGAACGUGCCGUCGACAGCGCGGUGCGUAUCGCGAGAAAGUGCGACCGCGCCCAAGGCAAUUCUGUUUUCUUGCGUCGACCGUGA